AUGGCUUUCCUCCCGUCACUACCAGAUCCUCAAGACUACGAUGUUGAUUCCGUACUGGGCUUCGUGGCUCCGAAGCCGACAGAGCUGCCAGGAUACUAUGCACCUUGGUGCGAGCUCAUCUCUGACCUGCCACGUCUGCUUCAGGCGAAGACCCUCCAGACGCGAGUCAACGAUCUCGAAAUCCUCACCACUGACCAUCUGACGACCCAUGCGCACUGGCAGCGGGCAUACGUUGUCCUGGGCUACUUGACCCAAGCCUUCAUCUGGCAGGACAAAAGCAAGCCAUCAGAAGUCAUUCCCGCUAGUCUCGCCGAGCCCUUUCUCGAUGUCUGCCACUAUCUCGGAAUGAAACCAGUUCUCGCUUAUGCUGGACUCUGUCUAUGGAACUGGGUGCAAACAGAUCAAGAUACAUGCUUACACCCGUCGCAGGCUCUGGCCAAUUUUCAGGUUAUCAGGUCAUUUGCUUCCUUUACACACACGAGGGACGAGGACGCGUUCAAUCUAGUGCCAGUAAUGGUCGAGGUUCAGGGGGCCAAACUCCUCAAGCUGAUGCUCGAUACAAUAGCCGCAGUCCAGAAUGGCGAAAUACUAGACUUGGUGUCGGUCUUCGAUGUUUGUGCAACAACACUGACUGCCAUGGGGGAAACCUUGUCUGUCUUACACCGAAAUUGUGAGCCGAUGCUCUUUUUUCAACAGAUACGCCCGAUGCUCGGAGGUAGCGCGGGUGCAGAAGAAAAAGGACUACCGAAUGGCGUUGCGCUCGAACGAAGCGAUGGAUCUCGAGUUCUCAUCAAAUGCGCUGGGGGCAGUGCAGGACAGAGCUCUCUUUUCCAGCUUCUCGACCGCAUGUUUGGGGUUCGCCACGAAUCCAGAAUGUUGCUUGAGAUGAGGGCCUAUAUGCCAAAGAAGCACAGGGACUUCCUCGAGGCAGUUGAACUUAUGCCUUCGUUGCGAGACAUCAUUGAGCGACAUCCGGAAGACAACAGCCUGCGCUGUGCCUUCCAGGGCGCCAUCGAAGCGUUCCAGAAAUGGAGAACGAAACAUGUCAUCAUCGUGUCGAGGUUUAUCGUCCGGCCCGCAGCGGCUGAGGUGACAGACAAGUCCGUGACUCAGCAGAGAGGCACAGCUGGCUCGCUGCCCAUCCCAUUUUUGAAAAAAUAUAGGGACGAAACCAUCUUCACGCCUCAAUAUUGA